AUGGGCAGCCGGCCCCACAGCCCCAGCGCCUGCCCCGCGCCCUUGUGGGGACCGCAGCCCGGAGGACCCCGCCCUGCCAAGCGCCGCCGACUGGAGGAGCCAGCGGGCCUCCAGCCCGGCGCGGUCCCCAGCCUGGAAGACUCGGCGGGGCCCCCGGGCGCGGAUGCGCUCACCUCCGUCGUGGUCCUGGCCGCGGGCUGUGCCUUGCGAGUGGCCCUGGACGACGUCGACCUGGUGCUGGAGCCCGCGCCAACCUCGGUCCUGCAAGUAUCCCUCGAAGGGCACACGCUCAUCCUGGUCCCUGAGGUCCUCCUCGAAGGCUCGGGAGGGCAGGGCGACUCGUCUGGCGGCCUGGAACCGGGCGUUUUUCUGGGCGCUCCCGGAGAGGACGUCGUCGUCGAGCAUGCAUUCUUCCGCGCUUCUGUCCCAGAGCUCGCCGCCCUAAAAGAGGCCUUCGAGGAGGACGCGGAGCCCGAGUUCCCGGCACCCUGGAUGGCCCCUCCCGCCGGCUCAGCCGCUGAGCUCCAGCCCUCCGCCAGCAGGGUGUCCAGCCCCGACCCUCAGGGCCCGGUCCCAGAGCCCAGUCUUCUGGUCCCCAACCCUAGUCCAGGGAGACGCUGUCCACGCCCCAUCUUCGACCUGGAAUUCCACCUGCUGGAGCCCUUCCCUAGCUCACCACUCCAACCUCUACCUCCCUCCCCAAGUCCAGGUCCUCACGCGCGCCCGGCGCGCUCUCCUCGCCCUCCGUGCAAGGCUCGGAGAUGCCUGUUCCAGGAAUGA